CCCCCGGCGCCCAGGAUGCUGGGCCCCCGCGGCGUGACGCGAGCACGGCAACUCCGCCCCCUGCGUCUCUGGCCUCGCCGGCCUUGGGGGGAUGGUUCCAUCAUGGCGUCAAUGCAGAAACGACUGCAGAAAGAACUGUUGGCUUUGCAAAAUGACCCACCUCCUGGAAUGACUUUAAAUGAAAAGAGUGUUCAGAAUUCAAUUACACAGUGGAUUGUAGACAUGGAAGGUGCACCAGGUACCUUAUAUGAAGGGGAAAAAUUUCAACUUCUAUUUAAGUUUAGUAGUCGAUAUCCCUUUGACUCUCCUCAGGUCAUGUUUACUGGUGAAAAUAUUCCCGUUCAUCCUCAUGUUUAUAGCAAUGGUCAUAUCUGUUUAUCCAUUCUAACAGAAGACUGGUCCCCAGCGCUCUCAGUCCAAUCAGUUUGUCUUAGCAUUAUUAGUAUGCUUUCCAGCUGCAAAGAAAAGAGACGACCACCAGAUAAUUCUUUUUAUGUUCGAACAUGUAACAAGAAUCCAAAGAAAACAAAAUGGUGGUAUCAUGAUGAUACUUGUUGAUGCCACUGUUAUCAUCCUCCUAGCAGAAGAUAGUCCUACUGAGAAAAUGAGCACUUUGAUCAUUCAGUCUUUGAACUUUAACCUUUGACUGGAAGUGACCUAUAGGCAAUGAAGACUACUUCCUUUUACUGCAUUUUUACUCGUGUGCAUUCUGGGCGCAUGUUGAUCGCUGGUUCAGUCCAGGCAACUGACAUGCUUUUAUUAGUCAUACAGUAUUAAUGCAGGUGUCAGGAAAUGUCAAUAUAAUUCCAUUUUUUAUUUUUAUUUUUUUAAGCUUUUGGAAAAGUUCCAGGUCCUCAUGUAUUGUGCAAUAACAGUGACUUCCUUGGCGGUUUUGGGACGUUCAUUGCCGGCAAUGGACGUUAAACAGGAAAAAUUUUCAUUAACUCCUGCCACCCAAUAAUUAAUGCAUGAUAGGGCCUAUGAAAUGAACUUACUGGUUAUAAUGGGAUUAUAAAUAAAGUGAGGGAUCCAACAUUACUUUGAAAGUCACCCCAACUGUUUAUAUUUGGAUUCUAUGCACUGUGAUCCUAAGGUUUAACAGCAUGAAUUAACAUGCGUCUUUAAAGGACUGUAAUGAAAGAUCAUUGCGUAUUUAUUGAAUUGUUUAUAUCUGCUGUCAAAUUGUUUUGACAUGGAAGGUUUUCAAGUAACAUUGGCAGAGAGGUACAAUAUUGUUUAUCCCUAUGGUGAAAAUAAAUUCAUUUGUUGUAUAUAGUUCCUCAGUCUCUGGAGUAAAGGUAUGAGUAAAUCUAGGGUAUGAACGGUUGAAUCAAGGCUUGAUCUUGGAAGUAAGAACAAUGGCAGUGAGGAUGAAACUGCUGCAGUCCUUAAUUGGGGCUUGUUUGUACAGUAACGAUUUUUCCAAGUAGAUUACACUCUGUUACUUCCUGCUAGCCAUCAGCAUGAGCCCUACUGCCUAAACACUAUUUCAUUUAUUUAUGUUUGAAAAAUCCGUAAAGAGUUUUCAUUUGCAAUUUUGUUUCUUUUGUUACGUUUUAAGUGAAGUUUGAAUGUUAUAGUACUUCAAUUGAAAAGCUUUUGUCAAGUUUUUUUCUUGUAAUUUUUUCUUUACUUGUAAGUAUCAUUUUGUCCUUUAAUCCUGUACCCUAAAAUAAGAAAUACAUUUUUGACAGAGGCUUAAUGUUUUAACAAAAGAGUGUGGACAUUUUUAUUUUAAAAUUUAGGCAAAAGUACACUCUAGAAUGGUAUGUUUGCUUAUUUGUCUCACAUAACCGUACAGUUUUUCCUGGAGGGAUUUGUUUUAUUUUGUUUUCUUGUUGAAAAGACUUUGCUUACAGCUAGAUAAAAUUUUUCUAUAGAAAAAAAAUUGUUGAAACGUCCAAUUCUCAGUACCAUGUAAGUUAAUGAUAUUGCAACUAGGUUCUCUUUUUAAAAAGUAAUUAUGUAUUUUAUAAAUUACCUUUUCACAUAUGCAAAAAUCUGUUUCUACUACAAUGUUAUUUUUACUAAUGCCUGUUGUUGCACUCUUUUUGACAUAUCCUGCAGUGAAUAAAAUAUAUGAAUCAAUUUGGGCUUAAAAAUAAAGGCCACUUGGCUGAAAGGUUUGAAGUAUGUACCCCAGCAAAACAUCCAAUCAAUAAUUGGCAAGGAAUAUUUUCAAAAUUGUUUUUAAUCUCUGUAUAGAUGACAUUUUGUAGCUUUGUACAUGUUGUUAAUUAAGGGCAUAUAAUUUUACACUCUAAAAGUAUAAUUGCUGAACUCAGGGGUGGGUAGACUUCAAAAAUAUGUCUGCUGUAGAAAUAACUUGAAAAAAAAAAAAAUUAAAACUAUGGCCAGCCACCAAAUUGUGGAUACUGUUUAUACUAUAGUUAGCAACUACCACUUUUUAAAAUAAACACA